AAUUGGUUGCCCUUAACUUCCGGUAAAUAGUUUCUACAGAAGCUACGAUGCCUCCGAGAGCUGAAGACAUGGAGGAAAAAAUUCAGAGAAAUACAAUUAUUGUGAAUGCUUCCAAACGAGAGUUGUUCACCCUUGCCAGUGGUUUUAAGGUCCUCAACAGAAAGUUACGAUCAACAUGGAGAUUAAUCCCAAAUAAAGAUGAAAUUACAGAAGACCGUUUGCAGCAAGGACGAAUGCUGAUAAUUGGUGGUCCGCAGGAUAAAUUCACUGCUUCUGAGUUUGAAGCCAUAAAGAGGUACAUCGAAUCGGGUGGGAGUGUUAUGGUGUUGAUCGGAGAAGGCGGUGAAACCAGGUUCAACACAAACAUCAACUUUCUUCUCGAGGAGUUUGGUGUGUUUGUCAAUAGUGAUGCUGUUGUGAGAACCGCCUAUUACAAAUAUUUUCACCCCAAAGAGGCGUUGAUAGCAAAUGGAGUUUUAAACCGGGCCAUCAGCCAGGCUGCGGGUAAAGGCAUAACUUACGGUGGAGACGACGACACUAACAAUGCACAAGCAUUGAGUUUCUUAUAUCCGUAUGGCGCCACACUGAAUGUAAUGAAGCCGUCAUCAGCUGUGUUAUCGACGGGCAGCGUGUGUUUCCCACUCAACAGACCAGUCUGUGCUUUCUACACCUCAAAGCAGUCGAAUCAGGGUAAGAUUGCUGUGCUUGGAUCCGCUCACAUGUUCAGUGACCAAUAUCUGGAGAAGGAAGAAAAUAGCAAAAUACUGGAUGUUUUAAUAAGAUAUCUAACAACAGAUGAAAUCAAGUUGAAUAAUAUUGAUGCAGAAGAUCCUGAGAUAGGAGAUUAUAACCAGCUGCCGGACAUUGCUAAACUGGCGGAGGAUCUGAAGACGUGUCUCCAGGAGAGUGACGACAUCCCACGUGACAUCACCACACUGUUUGACAACUCACUCUUCAAACUCGACACCAGCCUCGUGCCCAAGGCUAUCAAAGCCUUUGAACAGCUGGGUGUAAAACACGAAGGUCUCACGUUAAUAACCCCCCAGUUUGAAACUCCAUUACCUCCCCUGCAACCCGCGGUUUUCCCACCGAACUUCAAAGAGUUAGAUCCUCCUUCGUUGGAACUCUUUGAUCUGGAUGAACAGUUUUCUUCUGAGAAAGUCAGAAUAGCUCAGAUAACCAACAAAUGUACGGACGAGGACCUGGAGUACUAUGUGAGAGAGUGCGGCGACAUCUUGGCGGUGACCAGCAAACUCCCACAGGACUCCCGUGAUGCCAAACACAUCCUGGAGUACAUCUUCGCUCAAGUGGUGGAAUUCAAGAAACUCAAUCAGGAACAAGACUACGACACGACUCAGUUUGGAGGAGGAGACACUUUCCCAUGAGACAGAAGACACUGUGAUAAGAAUCCAUAUCUGCUGCUACUUACUUCAAGCCAAUCCAAAAACAAUUUGAAAUACCACAUCAACAGAUUUCAUACGUAGAGAAUCUAUUUUCUCCAGCAUAGUUUUAUCAAUGGUCUGAAAAGGCAAUGCAUAAAGUCAUUGCAGAACUAUGUCCGUCCAUAAUCUUAGAAUCCUUACACUGUUAUAUAUUAGAAUCAUCAGAAUAUUGCAUAUUUAACGUUUAUUAUGUGAAUCUCGUACAUAAGAGUAAAAAAGAAUGUGCCAGGGUUUGUUACACACUUCUCUUGUGUUCCAUCCCAUGAACUAGUAAAAUUUAUACAUAUUUUAAAUGGUGAUUCACUUUAGAAAAUUACUCAUUACUCUGUCUAUGGUUAUAUCAUUGUUGACGAAUGCUCCUACCUUUUGACAGUUUAAUGAAAUUAUUUUGUGGUGUUUUUUCUGUCAUUCCUCAUCGUGAGAACAUCUCCAAUUUAUUAUUGGAAUACAUCUAAUCUUUCUGCUCUAAAGAGUAUUUUCAUUAAAAAAAUACUACGUGUUUGUUUUAAUGUAAUACAUUUGAGUGAUCAUUAAAUAUGUAUAAAAUUACAUAAAUCUUGUAUUAUGGCAUACAUGUACAUGUACAUACUGAUGGGCAAAAGAAAACAUACUUACAAAAUAUAGAUUAAAAAAGAAUAGCAAUGUUUUUGUAUAACAUUUAAUGAAACCACAAAAUAUUGACAUGGUAUCACUUAAUAUAGCAGUACAACAUGUACAUAUGACAUGACAAUUUCUGUAAUGCAUGUUGGGCCAGUUAGGGGCGGGACGUAGCCAAGUGGUGAAGGUGUCGCCACAUACGUGGUCAAUCUAGGAUCAAUCCCCAUCGGUGGACCCAUUGGGCUAUUUCUCAUUCCAGCCAUGACUGGUAUACCAAAGGCCGUACUAUGUGCAUGUAUGGUGCAUAUAAAGGUCCCUCACUACUAAGACUAUAUGUCAAAAUUACCAAAUGUUUGACAUCCAAUAGCCAAUGAUUAAUAAAUCAGUGUGUUCUAGUGGUGGUGUUAAACAAAACAAAACAAACCUGGGCGAGCUGUUAAUUUUUAAACCUGGAAGAUUUUUUUGUCGGUUUGUCGGACAUACUGACGAGCUGAUUACAACCGUGUUCAGUAUGGAAUAUGUGUAGAGAUCAACCUGGACCACCGUCAAACAUUGAUGAUGUCAGUUUGCCGAAUGUUCUUGGACCUAAUUCACAAAGCUUUAGAGCUCUCUGAAAAAAUAAAAAUUAUAUUAUCUUUUUCACUACCAAGUAAUUGCAAUUCCAAAAUUCUACCCGUUUCCAGUUCUGCCCACCUUCCCCUCUUAUGUCCAAGACCCAGUCACUGGCGUAGUCAGAGAGUGUUCCUGGGAGAGAUUUGAUUGAACCUUAAUUGGAUAUAGGCACGUUAAUAUGUUAUCCAUCCAUCAAGCUCUUGUAACAUCACAUAGUUUGACAUCCAAUAGCUGAUGUAUUUUUCUUGCUGGGGCGUCAUUAAACAUCUAUUCUAUUCUAUUUACCAUAGUAUAACACCCAAUAGCUGGUGUAUUUUUUUGUGCUGGGGUGUCGUUAAACAUCUAUUCUAUUCUGUUCUAUUGUAACAUCACAUCCCUGCAGACCGUUUUUGCACUGGACUGCAGGACCUCAAUUUUGCAAGAGAUUGGUGAAUUAAACCUCUGAACUAUCCUGUGUAUCCAUGCAGAAAUGGGCCUGGCUUGUGUUUGAAGGUCUUGAUGAUGCAAGAGCUUGAUAUCUAAUGCCUGUAAGAUGACCUCAGUGACAACUGUCCAUCUUCUAGAUUCCACAAAUAUUGCUACCCACCAUAACACUACCUUCAUAAUAAGAUUCUGUUUCCUAAAGACAUGCUUGUGUUGUUUGUUCUUCUGUAAGCCUGCAGAUUCAAAAUAGAAUGGGGAGUGGUCAUUCGCAGGCAAUGUGGUUAUUAUGCAUUUUAUAGUUAAUGUCAUACAUUGUGUGGUAUUGAUGACAUGUCUGAUAUAAAAUCAUUUCUACUCUGGUUGUCCUCAUCCUUUCUUCUGCCCAUCAGUAUAUAUUUACCAGUUCUUUGUGGAUGAAACCUCACCGUUGUAUAUUGUUUUCAUAAUAUCUGUUAAUAUUUAUAUUCGUCUCAUGGUAACAGUGGUGUCAGAUAUUGUAUAUAAUAAAAUGUUUUCUGUGAUAUAUUUUGUCUUUAAAAUGUAUUUUUGGUGUAAAAUCAAUACAUUUAUGUUAUGCUGACAUGGACCAUUUAUUUUAUCGUAAUUUAAACUUAGCUGCAUAAUCAUCAUUUGAGAAUGUGUACUAAUUAGUAUUAGAUAUGCAUUUUAAUAAUGGACACGUUUCAGCAAAUACUGGGGUUUUUUUCAUUACAUCAUUUGUGCGCGUAAGCCCUGUACUUUAAUAAUCAGUUGUGAUUGACAGAAUUAAUCCAUAUUCAGAUCCAAAUCAGAUCUAAUUUUACACCUAUUGGUCUCAGGGCGAACUUAGAGUUAUCAAAAUGGCGAACUACUUUAAUUGUUUAUAUGGCAGAAUAUAAUUGUUUACUAUAUUUUAAUGUUAUAAGGAUGGAGUGGGGAAUGGGAAGUAUUAAAAUACUGUACAUCUAUAUUUGUUUUAUCUGCUCUGAAAUGUUGAUUCAAAAUAAGUUCAUAAUAUUUGAAAUAAAUAUAGUAAAUACA